AGGUUAUAAAACCACCUACGCGGUCACUUUUCAGCCACCUUCCACGCACUUCCUAUCAGGCGUACCCCCCUCCCCGACCGUCCUCUGCGGCUUUCGAAGCAGUGGGUCAAACAACGACGCUAACACUGGAGCUAUAAAAUCAACAACGGGGGCUCCCGUUUAAAGCGCCGCAGCAAGCUCACCAUCCAGCGCAGUGUGAUCACUUGCGACUCUCUGAAACGACUUUCUGUUUCGGAGAACUGCAAAUUGAUAUCCCAAAAAAAGAAAGAACCACUGCCGCCGCACAUCCACCAAAAAAAAACCCAAAUCACCCGAAGCAAAAUGGUGCAAAAUAAGAUGACCGAAGUCACUGGAUUUCAUCGCUCCUUCAAGGGCCAAAAUCCCUUUGAAUCGGACGACUUCACUAAAAACGGAUCCCAUCUGAUUGAUUCUUCCUUUACAUUUGAUUCUUCCCCAAGACAUGACAUCCCUUCCAGCCAGCCUAUUGACAUCCCCGAUGCCAAGAAGAGAAACAAGAAGAAAAAGCGUUGCCGGGCAACUGACAGUUUCUCUGGAAGAUUCGAGGAUGUCUACAGAUUACAGGAGGAGGUACUAGGAGAGGGCGCUUAUGCCAGAGUGCAAACAUGCAUCAAUCUCAUCACCAACAAAGAAUAUGCUGUGAAGAUCAUCGAGAAAAGACCAGGUCACAGCCGCAGCCGUGUCUUCCGUGAGGUUGAGAUGCUCUAUCAGUGCCAGGGCCACAGUAACAUCCUGGAGCUGGUGGAGUUCUUUGAAGAGGAAGACAAGUUCUACCUGGUGUUUGAAAAGCUCAGAGGAGGUUCAAUCUUGGCACACAUUCACAAGAGACGCCACUUCAGUGAACAGGAAGCCAGUGUUGUGGUGCAGGACAUCGCCAGCGCUCUAGAUUUCCUGCAUAACAAGGGAAUGGCACAUAGAGACCUGAAACCCGAAAACAUUCUCUGUAAGAGUGCAGACAAGAUUUCCCCGGUCAAGAUCUGUGACUUUGACUUGGGCAGUGGGAUCAAGCUGAACAGCGACAGCUCACCCAUCUCCACCCCUGAGCUUCUCACUCCUUGUGGUUCAGCAGAGUACAUGGCACCUGAGGUGGUUGAGGCCUUCAGUGAGGAGGCCACAAUUUACGACAAGCGCUGUGACCUGUGGAGCCUUGGAGUCAUCCUCUACAUCAUGCUAAGCGGCUACCCACCAUUUGUAGGCCGCUGUGGCGGUGACUGUGGCUGGGAAUUGGGGGAACCCUGUCACACCUGCCAGAACACUUUGUUUGAGAGUAUCCAGGAAGGAAAAUAUGAGUUUCCAGAGAAAGACUGGGCUCACAUCUCCUCAAGUGCCAAAGACCUAAUAUCCAAACUUCUUGUUCGGGAUGCCAAAAACCGCCUGAGUGCCAGCCAGGUGCUGCAGCACCCCUGGGUGCAGGGGGGUGCAUCUGAUACUUUGCCGACAUCCAUCUUGCAUCAAAGAACCAGCAAUGCCAGGGAUCUGACAUUCUUUGCUGACAAGGCCAUGGCUGUGAACCGGCAGCUGGCUGAACAGGAUGGCAUGGAAGACCAGCAGCAGCUGGAAGUCCCGUUUGUUGUCACUGCUUCUGGCUCUUCUAUGCGCCUCUCUCCUCCUUCCAACUCCAAGCUGGCCAGGCGCAGGCAGCAGAACAGCCAGCCCAAGGGAGGGCCUGUCUCUGCUGCAGAGCUUCGUCAGCUUCUGGCCCCUCUUGUUAUUGUGGGAGACUGUGCCUGAACUUUGUCAACCCUGACCUCCGACCUUCCGUUAAGAUUCAAGUCCAGAUCUAACUAAGACUGCCCUGAGACUCUCCCUCUUAAAUUCUGGCCCUUCUCCCUGACUCUAGCUGGCCUCGGUUCCUCUGCCAUUCAGGCCUUCUUGCCUCGCUGUAAAGGGAGAUGCUGCUUGCAGCCCUUUCUCUAAAUGCCUUCUGCCCUUCUGCAGCACUUCUGAAGCACAUCAGCCCAGGGCCUGCAUAUAGCAAACACACAUACAGUAUGUGCAUGUCAGGGUUUGGGAGGAGGGCCAGUUUUGGAGAGGGAGAGGAAGAAAGAGAGAAAAGUAUUUUCUAAGUUAUGUUCUUUUUCUUUAUUCUUUUUUUUUUUCUUUCAUAAAACUCAGUUCAGAAGAAAUCAGAACACUUAUCUUCAAAGCUAAGCUCAGACACCAAAGGACAACCUGUUGUGCUGCUCCCACGUUACAACUGGAUCCACUGUGAAUUAAGUUAUCUGGAAUGUUCUCUUUGCCUGUAUGUAUAUGCAUGAAUGGCCCAUCUGCAGAUAUGUACAAGCUUAUGCAAUAUGCCAAGAUGAAGGCUGUUCCUGUCUUGAAGGGGUUCAGUAGAAGGGGUUGGAAGGGCUGUAAGCCAAUGCUGUCCGUGCCUGGUGCGGUCCAUUAUGUGGCUGGGGAUUUAAAGAUGUUUUUUUUGUUUUUUGUUUUUUUUUAAGUCUCCAUAUAAGAAAUUCCUCAGCGUUCAGCCUCUUCUGUCAAUGUCUGAGAUCAAACUCGCACUCAUCUAGCUUGGUGGCCGCGCACUUAAAUGCUCCUAGAGCAAAGAAUGUUUGUCUGUACCCAGCCAGCCAUUACUUAUUGAUGCACCAGAUUCAUACAGUUUAUUAUAAAACGUGUAUGCUAAAUUAUCAGUGGCCACACCUUUUUAGUGUUUAUAUGAAACCAUCAGGCAAGUCUAAUAGUGUUCUAUUGCACUUGUGUUAUGAUGCAGGGCCACCCCAAAGUAAGACUUCUGAGCUAGCUCUGAAGUUUAUCUGGUAUGUUGGUAUAUGUUAAUUAUGUUAUAUGGCUAGGCAAGUGAAACUGGGUCAGUGUUAUUUUCAUUGUAAAGAAUUCAUGACAUGUCCCCUUUUUUUGUGUUUUUUUUUUCUUCUACAAAUCGAUUUAUGCAUUAGAUUUAACCUUGAAUAUUUUGGCAGUAAAGGUUAGAACUCCUAUCGGGGUUUGAAAAGCACAUUUUGGCAAACGUGACCCGAGUGUCAUUUAUUGACUGAAUAUUUGGACCACCCCCCCCAAAGGGUUCACCAUUGUCUUGUUUAUUUUUUGAUUAGGCAUCCCUUUUCAAAAGUGAAAUUACAAAAUAAGAGGCAGAUGAGAUUUUUCAAAAAAGAAUUUAAAAAAAGGAAAAACAUUCCACAAUGAAGAAAAACAACAAAAAAAAGUCUUCCAUGUAGCUGUAUUAAGUUUAUUUUUUUCAUGUUUGAAACUCCAUGUCAAUGUGCCACACUGAUUUUUCUUUUUUCCUUUUUUAUGGCUGUUAAUAAGCUUUUAUUUUCUAUAUGGUGGUUUUUUUUUUCAUGCAGGUGCUGUUCAGUUCAGGUGAAACACCGGAUGUUUUCCUUAAGUUUUUUUCUUUUUUUCCUCAUGUCGUGUUUUUAAAAGUUCAGAGUAUGUGGUGUAUGAGGUGAGAUGGAAAGAGUUGAGUUGAUCUGGUGCGUUCGUGCCCAGUGAAGGAGAGUUUUUAAGUUUUAUUUUUUAUGUGUAAGAGUUGGCAAUAAUUUUUUUUUGUUCAGAUUAAGUUCAUUAAGCUCAUUUUGACACUGACAGGUAAUGGACUGGUGAUGAGGUCUCACAACACUGUAGCCAUUUCACCAAAGAGGGUUCAAGUCAUGACAUUGAACAUGUGAUCCAUCACCUAGCAGUGAGAAGUGGGGACUUCUGAUUGUUCAUGUCCUGUUGCCAGCACUGCAGUGACGGUACUCUGGAAAUGGCUCCCUUGGUGUCAAAGGACCCAUUAUGCUGAUAAUAGGACACUGUAAUAGUUCUAAAAUACCUUUCUACAGAUGCAUAGUUAUGGGGUUUUAUGUCUUAUAAUAAGACUUACUUGAAUUUGUGUAUGCAGCUGUUUCUUCUCCAUUUGGGAAAAUACUUUGCUAUAGUAAUCUCAAAGCAUUACGCUGAUAAUGAUCAAGGCAAUCUUGGGGUUUUGAAAAUACCAAUACAGUUCAGUAUUCUGCCUUUUUUCCUCCCUUUUGAGCAUCAAACAAGUUAGUCCCUACUUUUUGAUAGGGUUGGAUACUCAGAAACGCACAGACUUUGGCCAUACUCUGCAAUAUCCUGAGCAGGUAUAUUGAGAGUUUUCUUGGUCAUGACCAUUUCUACAAAAUGGCAGUAGCUUUUUGGACUGCCUUUUAUUCUGGGAAAGGGGACAAAAUGAUAUCCUUAAGCCUCGCAAUUUUUAUAUUGUAAGUCAUUUUGAAGUAAGGAAGUGUUAAAAAUCAAAGUCAUUCAUUCAAAUGGACAGUCCAUCAUCAACCUCCCCAAUUUGAAUGUAGCCCACAGGCGAAAGCAUUUACAAUCCAGCAACAUUGAUCACGUUUUAUAAAAAGUUCAUUUCAUGGACAUGGUGUGGGGUUAUUCUGUCUACAUUGAUACAGUCCUCCAAAGCUUUUGUUUUGAGAGUUGACACCUGUAUUCUUUCUUUUUAAACACUGUCUGAAUCACCCCGAGCUCAUUGUGUUCAUGAGAAGAAAUUUGAAACAAAUACAUCCUUUAAGUACAAAAAUAUUUUGAUUUAAAAUAAGCACUUUACUGUACCAUGUGAAUGAUUGCAGUUCACUCAAGGCAACAUUUAUGACCGUUGCUACAGAAUUUUGUAUUGUUUUUGUAAAAAAAAAAAAAAAAAAAUGCAAUAAAAUGCUUUGAACUACA